AUGAACCAUCACGACACCGUCACCACGUCCGAGUUGCCGCCCGUGCUCAGCAACCCUGUUUUAUGGCAUUCAUCCAAUACCAAGAUCGCCCCCCCAAGCCCGUCUUCCUCCAUCAGCUCGUCUACCAGCAACGAGCAGCCUUCGACGGCGGGAGCCACUAUCUCCGUUGCCCAGGCCUGGGACGAGAAGAAGAGGAUCGUGUGCGCGUACGAGAAGCGCAUCGCCAACGCGGAGCGCCUCCUUGCCCGUCUCGUUCAGAAGUACAAAAGCCUCCUCGUUGAAUCAGCCUUGCAUGCAGUCGAGGAGAAGACCGACAAGCUGGAAAUUGCCGAGCAGGUGACGAAAAUCACCCGCCUGGAACACGAUGUACACAAACUCCGAUGCGUCAACCUUACCCUCCUCGAGCGGGCCGAGAACAGCCGGAAGGAAGCGGACGAGGCGAAUCAAAACCUGGUCAAUGCAUACGGACACAAGGCGGAGUUGGACCAGAUCUACGCCCAAACUGUUCAAGAGCUGAAUGUAAAGACUGAGGAGCUUGGAGUCCUCAAGUCAUACCUCGCUGUUGGCGGAGAGACCAACGUGUACGGAUAUCAGCUGGCGCUCGCCACCGACCGCGCCGAAAAGUACCGCAGGCUCAACGCGGAGCUUGCGUUCCAGAAGGCCCUUGGUGACCAGACGAUCGCCCAGCUCAGAAUCGACAACCAGCACCUCAGGAACCAGAUCCUCCCCAACCGGGGUAUCAUUUACGACGUCUCUAGCGUCGGGCCCAUUCGGACGGCCAGGCCGCGCUCCAUCGCCCCGUCUCCGUUCGUCCGCCGUCGUCAUCCCCUGGCCGAGUCCACCUUGUUGGCUGAUGUGCCCAAGUAG